AUGGCAACUGCUGACGCAGGAUUAGGUUCGGAACUGCGUCCAGGUUUGGGAGGAACGGGAUUGGAGCUAGCGGUAGGUUCGGAGGGACAGGGUUGGCGGCGGUCGGUGGCUGUAAUGGAGGCGGUGCGGCAACUGGAAGCCAUGAUGCGCGAGCCUGCGGCCGUUCUUGAUAGCAUGAAGGACAAGCUAUCUCUUGAGGAUCUCGAGAUUCUCAUCGCCUACUUCGCCCAACAGGGUCGCGACAUGUGGCAGGCGCUCGAGGUCUACGAUUGGAUGGUCCGCGGGAACCGCGUGGAGCGCCGAACGCGGCGCCUCAUCCACGUCAUCAUGGACCAGCGCCUCGGGCAGCUGCUACAGGAGGGCUGCCCGACGGAAAAAGUUUUGCGGCUGGUGGGCAGGAUGGUGGAUCUCGGGCUGCCCCCGGAUUUCCCGCUGAAAAGAAUGGUGGGGGAGGAGCUCUGGGAUAGAGGGGCGGUGGCGGCAGUUGUGAAGCUUCUGAGGAUGUUCCGGAACGAGGAGGAAAGUGCGCGGAAGGAGCAGGAGGUGGUGGCUGGAGUGAGAGUUGUGGCUUGGAAUGAGGAGGAUGAUGAUGAGGACGAGGAUGAAGAGGAAGAGGACGAGGAAGAGGAAGGGGAAGAGGAAGAUGAGGAGGGAGAAGAUUGGGAGGAAAGUGAGGAGGGGAGUGUGUGGGAUGGGUCAAAUGAGAGUGAGGGUGAGAAUAAGAGUGGGGAUGAGGUGGAGAUUGGUAGUGGGCAGAAAUAUGGGGAAGCGAGGUCAUCAGACUGCGCCACUCCAGGCAGAGAGUCAAGGUCAAGAGACGCAGAAGCAGAGAGGGACGGGGAUGGAGAGGUGGCGGCGCGAGUAGCAGAUGCGGUGGGGGAAGAAGAAGAGGCGAUGAGAGCAGCAGAGGAGAGGGAGGAUCUAGUGGGGCUGCUGCUGCUGCGAGCUGUUAGCGCCGGGCAGUACCGGCAGGUGCUGCCGCUGCCGCGCAUCCUGAGAGAAGCCGGGGUGGAGGUGGGCGUGGCGGGGUUCAGUGCGGUGCUGACCGGUGCGGUGAAGGAGCAGGAGAAGCUGAGUGUGGCGCGGAGGGAGUUGAGGGACCUGCAGCAGAUGGGCGUGGUGGGGCAGCUGUCGCCUCUGGACGGGCUUCUGCUGGAGGUUCACGGGGCAACUCUAAGGCAUGAGGCGGAGCAAGUGGUGCAGUGGUGUGCAGAGGAGUGCGAUGCCGACCUGCAGAGGCUUAGGGCGGCGGUUGGAGAGCGAGAGAGACAGCGGGAAAAGCGGCUAGCAGAGAUUAGGGAGGAGGGCAGGGGGGGAUACGAGGUGAAGGGGCGAGAGGCGCAGCUUCACCAGCAUGUGGCAGAAGAUGGGGAGGGAAGUAGCAGGCUAGGCGCACAGCGGCUGGAGGCGCUGGGGUGUCCCUUGGACGAGUGGGCGUAUGCGCUCAUGGUGGGGGGUGCGCUCAAGGGCGGGCAUGUGGACGUGGCUGCAUUCGCUGUGAGGGAGAUGGUGCGCAGGGGCAUGCAGCCCAACGCACAGCAGCUCGCUCUAGUGCUGCGGAGGUUACAGCGAGGGGAUGCCGGAGUGGAGGCGUAUCUGGGUCUGUGUGCUGCCCUGGCGGACGUGGGGUUGCUGGAGCCCACGCUCGUCUUCCUCUACGUUGACCUGCUGCGCCUCUGCAUCCUGCGCAUGCUGUAG